ACUGCCACCACUGCCACCAGGCUCUGCCUCGCCACGAGUCGCCACCGCCCACCACUGCCACCAGGCUCUGCCUCGUCACGACGCCACCGUCACCACUGCCACCAGCUUCCCGGACUCCCGGUCUCCGUCUUCACCCUCAUUCCGCCUCAGUCGUCGUGAGCCGCCACCGUCUUCACCAGUCACUACCGUCCAGUCACCGCCUCACCUCAGUCUGUUCCGCCUUCCCUGCUCCGGCGAUGGUGACCAACUCUUCUUCCUUCCAGGCCAAUAACCGGACGCUGCUUGUUCUGAAAUAUGCGAUAGCCUCGAGACUUCUUCUGAUUUCCUUAAUACUUCUCUGGAGAUGGAUCCUUAGCCCCUACGACACCUCCGCUACCAUAAAUCCCAGCUGCCUCCCUUCAGAAUGGAAUUCGCACACAUCGCCGGUUCUCCUCCCUCGCGUGGCGGCAGCGAUUGAGGAUAGCAUUGUAUGGGAUAGUGUAUACUUCGUCCGCAUUGCACAGUGUGGAUACGAAUACGAGCAGUCUUACGCCUUCUUCCCGCUCCUUCCCAUUUCCAUUUCUCUACUCUCCCAAACAGUUUUUUCCCCGUUGAUUCCCCUUGUUGGACAUAGAGCUGUCCUGGGAUUAUCUGGUUACGUGCUCAAUAACAUUGCAUUUGUUUUAGCAGCUCUGUACCUUUACAGGCUUUCUGCAGUUGUUGUGAAGGACUCAGAGCUAGCACUGAGAGCUUCAAUACUGUUUUGCUUUAAUCCUGCUUCCAUAUUCUACUCAUCAAUAUAUACAGAGAGUCUCUAUGCUCUUUUGUCAAUUGGAGGGUUAUAUUACUUCACUAGUGGCGCAAGAAAUAUAGCUACCAUUUGCUUUGCUCUCUCUGGGUUUUCAAGGUCAAAUGGAAUACUUAAUGCGGGCUAUAUAUGUUUUCAGACUAUGCACUCUGCUUACAGUGCUGUUUUUAUCAAAAAGAGUGCAUUUUUUGCUUUCCGGGUUCUUCUUGCGGGUGCUAUUCGUUGCCUGUGCAUUAUUUUUCCAUUCGUUGCUUUCCAAGCUUUUGGAUAUUACAAUAUGUGCUUGGGACAUUCUCCUGGUGAAGCAAGGCCAUGGUGCAAGGCGAAGCUUCCCUUACUCUAUGACUAUAUCCAAAGUCAUUAUUGGGGAGUGGGAUUCUUGAGAUAUUUUCAAAUAAAACAGAUCCCAAACUUUCUACUUGCUUCCCCAAUUUUGUCUCUUGCACUCUGCUCAAUUAUACAUUAUGUGAAGCUACAGCCCAAAGUUUUCCUCUCAGUAGGCUUCCAAGCUUCUUCCAUGAUUAAAGGACAGACCGUUUCACCCUUUUCUAAGGGGACAAAUGCAGGGCCAAAGAGUGCUGACUUUGCAGUGAAAGAUACCUCUAGCAAAUUGCAAGGCAAUCAUGUACUUAAACACCGGAAACAAGCUGCUGGAAGCAAGGAUUCUGGGGCAAUCCCAUCAGAAACUGGAAAAUCAGAUAAUCCAGAUCUAUCGACUAUACUUGUUCCAUUCAUAUUCCAUCUCGGAUUCAUGGUGGCAACAGCUUUUCUUGUUAUGCACGUACAGGUCGCAACCCGAUUCUUAUCUGCCAGCCCUCCUCUCUACUGGUUUGGCUCAUAUAUCAUGGCUUCCCCCAACAUCGGCAAGAGAUGGGGGUAUUGUAUUUGGGCAUAUUGUUCGGCUUACAUCUUUCUUGGCAGUCUACUGUUCUCAAACUUCUACCCUUUCACAUGAGGAUCUAGAGUCUUUUCCUAAAACUAGGAUCAAGACACACAAUGUAGUAACUCUGUUUUUGAGCUUGGGAGAAUGCAUCUUUUAUAGUUAAUAGUUAAUACCCUUUCACUUUAGUUUCUGAAAUCUGCCCUGAUUUUUUACUAUUGUAAACAUGUACUCUUGACAGAACACAAAUACUUGUGAACCAUGAUGAAUGCAAUUCCAUAUAUUUGUUCAAAAA